ACCCAGCCGCAGAGCAGCAGUGAGGCUCUGCAGUGCCUUACAAUGGGCUGAUCACUGCCUCUGUUAUCCUUGACGUUCCCCCUGUUAUGCCUUUUGCCUGACUUCAGACUAAUGUGGUUAACCACCUCACGCUGUCUGUCAUGCGCAAAUUUUGCUUUCCCUUCUCCCUCCUCCUGGGGAAAGCCCAGUAUCAGUUUCCUGCAAGGACACACCUCCUGCCUGCUUCCUCCUCCAGAGCAAGGAGGAGCCUCCCUCUUCAGCUGAGCGGUAUUUACACUGGUUGCCAGCUGGAGGAGGAGACGCAGCAUCAGCCCAGAGCUUCAGUGGCACUGGCAGAGCCUGACAAAACUCACAGCUGCUGCUAACUCUUUCCUGCACGUUCUUGAAGCUUGUCUCAUCCCAGUUCCUUGCUCAAACACGAACUGGGAGACAGGAGGAUUGUAUCCAGACCUGACCCUACUGGACUCUGCAGGGUUUGCCAUCUGCAUAGGUUAAAGCAGACCUUCUGUCCCAGAUCCCUGCCUGACUCAAGUUAGGUCACAGUGAAGACAACAAUAUCAGGAUGCCUAAGAAAAUGCCAAGGGACUGCCAGACCCCCAGGCAUCACAGCAAGAGGAAAAGGGGUUUGUUGUCGCCUCUGCCACCGUUGCCGCCACUACCCCCACCAGCUGCACCAUCUUCAUCAUCCUUGCCUUCAUUGUUUUUUUUCCCAACGCAACGGUGCCAUCCCAGUCUCUUCAAAAAGUGCGCACAAGAAAUCCGGCAGAUACACUGCAAACAGGACUACUUUGCAGUAGUGGAGAAAAAUGGGAGUGUUCUCAUCUUUGACCAAGGAGAUGAACGCCAGGGUCAUCCCAGGAAACCUAGAUAUGUUAAUUUAAGAAAGAAUACGCGGGUGGAUUGCUUGGACACUGAAGCUACCCAUAUGCUCAUUCUCUCCUCGGAAGGCAAACUUUUUGAGCACAGUAUUUCAACCACAACAAAUAAGUCUGAAAUAAGACUAUUGGAAGAUUUAGUAAACAAGCCUAUUGUUCAGAUUGCAUGUGGAGACCAUCAUUCUAUGGCACUGUCUAAAGGAGGUGAGCUCUUUACCUGGGGAAAGAAUUCCCAUGGCCAGCUCGGAGCCAGAAGCCAGAUCACAUUCCCCAAGAUGCCACAGCUGGUGAAGGACCUCCAGGGCAUCCCUGUAGCUCAGAUUGCUGCAGGAGGAGCUCACUGUCUUGUCCUAUCCCUGUCAGGGGCUGUCUACUCAUGGGGAAAGAACAGUUUUGGACAGCUGGGACUGGGGCACACAAAAGACAUGGCUCUCCCUCAGUAUAUUACAGCCCUAGAACACAAGAAGACUGUGUUUGUCUCGUGUGGGGGUGAGCACUCUGCUGUUCUGUCAAAGGAUGGAUUGGUAUGCACCUUUGGAGCAGGAGGGUAUGGGCAGCUUGGUCACAACUCCACCAGGAAUGAGCUGACACCUCGACUUGUGGCUGAACUUUUUGGAGCACAAGUGUCUCAGAUUGCAUGUGGAAGAUGGCACACCCUCGUCUAUGUCUCCUCCUUGGGAAAAAUCUAUGCAUUUGGUUCCAGAGAAGAAGGGCAGCUGGGAAACGGCGACAAGUCAUCUCAGUUAAUACCACUUCCCCUCAAGCUCCCUUUGAAUGAGGAGAAUGAUAGGAAACACAACCAGGAGAAUGGUACUUCAGGCAAUGGGAUUAAAAUUAUUGCAGAAGGAAACCAAAGCAUUGUGCUGUUCUUCAAGGAAAAGGAUCCAUAUAUUAAUCUGAACAGAAUUGCUGUGGUUAACAAUGAAAAGUUGGACAAAUGGAUUUCUUGUUCAGAUGCUCAGCAGUGGGAACGUAUAAAGAAGAAUAUUAGAUUGAUCUUUUCAUCUGUGGCUUGUGUCAAUGGAAGCUUCUUGGAAAAAAGAGACAAACGUUUUGGAACGUCCCAUAACAUAUCAGGUGUAGAUGUAUCAGAAGUGCUGCUUUUUUAUGAGAAGAUCAAGAAGAAGCCAAGAGUCUUUCAGCAGGUGAUAAAGGAAAGUGAGAAACUGCUGAAAUCACUGCCUUCCUCUUCCCUCUCACCUGAGGCCCUCGGAGUCUACCUGAUUAUGCCUGUCCUCUUACAGGGACAGGAUGACCAGUCUAAUCAGCUCCUUGGCUUAUUAGCAGAAGCCAUCCUGAGACUCCAGCACAAAGACCUGCAGGUUCUAGAAUCCUUGUGGUCAAAUCUAGAAACACCUUUUUUCAAGGAUCUUGUGAACCUAUAUCAAAAGCUUUGUAGAAUCAGUCUCUCUCACUUAAUAAUUCAAGCCAAAACAUUUAAAGAAUUGACCUAUGGGCCACAGGUGGAGAUGACCUCAAUAGUCCUACAGAUUCUUUACCAGGUGAAUUGCAAAGCUGGGUUCAAAGUACACGAAAACAAUUUCUAUGUACCCGAAGUGAAAGAGAUUUGGUGGCAAGAUUGGUGUAUUGAUCUGUUCUUAAAUGAAGAAGAGUUGGAGAGACUAAUUGCUUCAAAGUCCAAUCAAAUGGUGAUUUUACAAAAGCUGACAAAGUACCCAUGCAUCUUUGACAUGAAAAAUAAGAUUGAGGUUCACAAGGUGACCUGUCAGUGGGUACAAUUUUCAAGACCCACUAAUCCAUUGGUUUUGCACAUUAGAAGAGAACACCUGGUGAAUGAUGCCUUGCAGACUCUAAGGUUCAGAGUGCCUACAAUGUAUGGGGGACCUUUGAAAGUGAUAUUUCGUGGUGAACCAGGAAGAGAUGGUGGCGGUUUGUCUCGAGAGUUCUUCCGGAUCAUUACCAAGGAGCUAUGUGAACCAAAAGCACAGAUAUUCAGACGUUUUGAGUGCUCCAAUUUGAUUUGGUUCCCCAGCCAGGUACCAGGACAUCAAGACGUCUUUCACCUGGUUGGGAUCCUCUCUGGAAUGGCACUGUUUAACUUUCACAAAGUUCCCUUUCCUUUCCCAUUGGCUCUGUACAAGAAGAUGCUGGGUAUCCCACUGAGUCUGGAAGAUUUAAGAGAGCUGUCCCCCACAGAAGGGAGCAAUCUUCAGAAAAUGCUGGAUGAAGAGUAUGAUGACAUUCUGGAGGAAAUGAUGUUGGAUUUCACAGUAAUGAAGAAAGAAGGAGAAUCUAUAGUUACUGUUGAACUUAAAGAAAAUGGUGCAAACAUUCCCAUCACUAAGCAUAACAGGAAAGAAUAUGUUGAUGCCUAUGUGAAUUACAUAUUCAAUGAAUCCGUGAAGAAGCCAUUUAAGGAUUUCAUGGAUGGAUUUUUAAGAGGCUGCCCAGCCAACAGUUGGAGAAUCUUUCUUCCCACUGAACUCCAGACCGUUUUCCGUGGACAUACCAAAUACGACUGGCAGCUGCUGGAAAAGAAUGCAAACUACAUAAAUUAUGAAAAGACAGAUCAAACCAUCAAAAACUUUUGGGCUGUUUUUCAUGAACUCCCAGAAGAAAAGAAGAAGAAUUUUCUUGUUUUUCUGACAGGAACCGAUCGAAUUCCUGCUGAAGGGAUGGAGUACUUGAUAUUGAAAAUUGAAAAACUUCAAAAAGAAGACCCAGAUGAAUACUAUCCUAUGGCCAAUACCUGCUCCCAGAUUUUGGGCCUUCCAAAUUACAGCAGUGAAGAGAUCCUGCGGGAGAAAUUCCUGACUGCCUUGGAGAAUUAUGAAAAAUUUGGCUUAUCAUAAAUAUUGGGCUUUAAAAAAAGAAACAUUCUUCAGGUCUUUCUUGCACUACUUUUCUGUCAUGGCUCCUAUUUGAGGGUGUCUCUUUGUAUCUUGUCUUUUAUUUUUACUGCCUCUUAUUUGACUUUGUUCAUGUUUUGGGAUUCCAUCUGGAAUCUCCUCCUCCAAUAAUGCACCUGACGUGCAGAGAGGAUGUUGGUAAGGAGAUGCUGAACUAACAAAAAAGGAUUGGAAGAAAUACAGAGGCAAGGCCUGACUCAGUGUAAUUUGUUACUGGAGAAAUGACUUUUUCCUUGAACGGUCCAUUGCAGUGGUGAUAAUAUGCACAUGUAUAUAAUAGAUUUAUAGUUACAUAAUAAGUGCUCAUGUAGUAUAGGUACUUGAGGGAUCCUAAUGCUCAGCUUCUCUUGAAUUUCAUUUGGAUUUGAGCAACUGAACUCUGAGCCUUAAUAUGUUUCUAAAAAUAAAUUUGUGAUGAAUCUCAUAGGUGUGUAUAUAUACACAUCAUAGACAAGAUGAGAACAUAGUGAUACUUACAGAGUGCCUGCAGGAGCCAGCAAAGGAAAGAAGAGCUCCCCGGGAGCUGCGGUUCUGGAGGAGUUGCUCCGUACAGGUACAGCAGCCCUGGAAGGAGGGGGAGAACAGAGAGGACCUGGAAGAAGGAGGGAGAGGAGCCAUGCAUCUCAGAGCCCAAGAGGAUGGGCUGGAAGGUGAUAGCAGCUGUGACUCAGCAGUCAGCUGGCUAAAGAGUUCUGAGGAUCUACAGUAAGCCGGGAGACACUGGCUGGGGAAAGCACUGUCAGGCAUGUGGUGCUAACGAAGAAACUACGGACCAGAGGAGUAGGGGUAGCCGGGAGAGGGCAGCAGAGCACCUACAGAUCCAAGUAAAAGUUUUUUCCUUUUGUUUCUAUUUGAGGAUGCGACGCGUCAGUGUUAGUGUCCAAGCAAGCUGGCAAAGUUGUCUGUAAGAAUAGUCAAUGUACUGUGCCUGUUUAUUGAACCUGUAUGUCUCAAGAAGAAUAAAAAGUUAGAGGUUGUAGCCUGGAAAGGUUCUGUGUCGCUUCAUUUGGAUUGAAUUAUUUUACUCCUUCAGUUAUAAGAAAGAAUGAAUUAGCACUAAAGAGACUGGAUGCUAGAUUUGCCUGAGCCAGACUAGGCUGGCUGGCAGUCCUCCAUGACGAUCAUCAAUACGAGCGUUGACUAGACAAGAGAGAACUGAAAAUACAAAGAAAAGAAAGUUAAUAAAUAAAAGCUAAUUAUUGAAAAGAAA